AUGGAACGAGCGGCUUGUCAUAUGUCACAUGUUUUUACUACGGUCAGUGAAAUAACGGGUGUAGAAGCAGAGCACUUGAUACAUCGGAAACCGGAUCUUUUGACGCCAAAUGGCCUCAAUGUUGUUAAAUUUGCGGCUCUGCAUGAAUUUCAGGUUGCAUUCAUUCUGAAUCUAAAUUCGUUUUUAUGCGUCUUUGCUGUGCAGAACUUUAGCACUAUAGCGCUACUACAGCCAGCAAAAACGCAUAUUGUCGAGAGCCUGUUUGUGUGUGUCUGUUCAGAAAGCGAAUGCAUUUUGUUGCCCACUUUCAUCUCAGCAGCCAGAAAAGCUGGGAGGCUGAAACUUUGGACGUGUGUUCCUCCCUCGUGUGUCAUCCUCCCGUUUUAA